ACAAAAAUUUACGGGGUCGCAACGCUGAAAAGAACGGUUUCUAUUCAUUCUUUUAAUACUUUCAAAAAUAUUCAAUUUCACAGCCUGCGAAAUACCGAUGGCUUAAUGCCCCGCAAAAAUAUUCGAUAUCAAUUAAAAUAUUGCUGUCGGUAAGAUAGAGAGCAUUCUUAUCGGCAAUUAUUUUUUCAAAUUGCCAAAAUUCAAACUAAAAAAUUGCAAAGUGUAUCAAAAGAAUACAAAGUUACAAUGUAUUUGUGUGUAUCGCUUGCAUUCGAGUACGCUCAGCUUAAUCCUUUUCGAUCCUGCCUCAGUCCUAUCAAGUCCCAGAAAGAAAGAGAGAGAAAAAGAGAGAAAGAAAGAAAUUGCUGUCCGUCGAACUUGUUCUGCGAUGGAUGGUAGAUAUGGACGGUGAACGGGCGGCCCAGGACCACUUAGGAUUUUAGUGGGGAUGCCGGGUGAUCUCGUAAUCGGUGAACGUUCGUUCCGGCGUGCGCGCGUAUAUCCGCGCGUUCUCGUACUGCGCAUGUGCCGUUAGAGAGCGGCGGAGAGCCCGCGGGGGAGAGAUCUUAGAAUAGAGGAAGUUGCCCCGCACUGGUUCUGACGUACGACUGGAUGUGACCUCGGAGAGCGGACGAGGCGUACCGUGCGCGGCGGAGUGUGGACACACGUCGUCGGAUCACGUUCGCGAGGGAGGCGCCCGAACUCGUCCCGAGGCGUCGCGCGUCUUCGAGGGGAGGACCCUUGGCAUCGACUGAUCGUUGUUUACGUUCCUCGCGAGCGCGUUCUCGCGGGAUCGACCGCCAUAUAGGGAACCACCUUGCCCCCCCUUCCGCGUGAGUCUUCCGCGUGUCCUCUUCCGUGACGGAUCUCCCUCGAACGACUCGCGAACGAAGUCGCGUGACGCUGAACUUCUCGACGAGGUGGAGGCACUCUGGACCAUCUGGAACGGUGCCGAGAGAAAGAGGAUACCUUCCGAGAAAGAGAGAGAAGAGAGAGUGUGCUCACCGAAAAUCUCGACGUUCCCCGGGGACGCCCGAACGAUAACGCGCUCCCGACUGGAGAUGCUUCGUAAACGCGCGAUAGAUUGUCGCACGAGUACUUAAUCUCAUCCCCAUUUAUCUCCGCGGAGGCGCCUACGAGGCACCGAAGAUGUGAACGCAUCGCAGCCGAUCGUAAAAGAGGAAAAAAAAAGGCAAAAUGAUUCGUGCGGCGAUUGCAGUCCUCAUUUUCAUCUCUGUCGGCGUGUCCGCCUACGAGCAUACCACCGCUGAUCAGUGCGACUGGUCCGGAAGCGGUGGAGGAGAAGGUGGCGGUGUCCGACCGGUGUACCUGCGCUGUGCUCGGGGAACGGUGCUGUGGCGUUAUCCUCAUGACGCUCUGAGAGUAGUCCUCUCCUUCCCACCCUCGUUCACGAAUAAUCAUCAUUCCAAUUAUUCUGGUUUUCGCGCUUGCGUCAAGAUUUCGGGACCUGUGCGGGUCUUCCUGGAAGUUGGUGGCAAAUUGAGGCAGCUCUACUCUCCAUCCGAUAAUAAGCAUGACUACUCGCAUCGAUGUUUUCGCUCGCGGAAGCACACAGCCGCGCUGUACAUGGAGGCGGAAGACGAUUAUUCCUUCAAAAACGCUAAAGUCAAAUUGCAGUAUGAUCUAGAACCGAAUUCAGUGAAGGGUGGUACACUGCGUGUGCCAGAUGAGGAGGAGGAGUGCAGACCUUGCUCCAUGGAGGAAAUCGCCAAGGCUUAUUGCCAGAGUGACCUGGUGGCCAGAGGCACUGUCACUGCCGUCGAACAAAUCUUCGAGAUGAACACUGCCGAAUUGGUACUGAGGGUCACCAAGCUCCUACGCUACGUGACCCAGGAAGCGGAGGGUAACGAGAAUAACCUCGAUGUAAUGGCAUCUGCCAAGAAAAGCAUACGUGUGAGAAUACCGAUGACGUGCGACGCGCGACACGGCCUCGGCGAAUUUGUGAUAAUGGCUAAACGACGUCUUGGAGACUUUAUUUUGGUGUGCGCGCCUAGACUGGAAACAUGGAUGCAAAUGAUACGCGAGAUGGACAAUGCGCCCUGCGUUCUCCACAGUUAGUCAAUGCGAUCUGAAUCGACUUGGAAAAACUCGGGGAAACAUUCAUUCUUUGUGUACAUAUUGUGUACUGUCGGACUGUCGAUCUCCAAACUGUGAUAUUUGUUGUAUUAAGAGGACCAAGAAGGAGCGUGCACGAAGAGACAGAAAGCACACUUUGUCUUAAUACUCUAGAAAACAGAAAGUUAUACAUAUCUCAGAUAUCGCUCGCUUUCCCUUGAAAAAUUUCUUAAGCAUGUUUUUUAUGAUUUUUAUUUUUCUUCUUAUAACUAUUACCUUUCUUAUUUUACAUAACGUAAUAACUGAGCUUCUCGUAUUAAAAUUUUGCCGAAUAAAAUAUACUUGGAAUUACGCGAAGCUAAAGAUUUUAUUAUACCGUUACAUUCCUUAAAGAUUCAAGGAAUUCUUAAAUAAAGUUCUUUUCAGUUUUAAUUCAUAAUUUAAUUACUUGAAUACUUUCAUAGAAUUAAUAUGGCCAAAUUUUUCUUUUUCGGUUGCCAAGAGAAAGUGUGCGAUUAGAGUAAUAGGUACAUCGAAUCUUUAUAUUAGACGAAUACAUAGUUCGCUACAAAGUUGAGAAUAUUUUGUUUAUAUUGAUUAUAAUGAUAACAAUUUUGUAUAGAUUUUAAUAAAUGCAUUUUAUAUGAAUUUCUAUACCGAUCGGAAUAGCUGUUCUUGUUAAUAUAGUAAAAGAUAUGUGCGAUAAAAAUAAAGAAUAUAUUUGAAUAUGAAACUAUGCUCUCUCUGUCCAUACUUUUAAUGUAUAAAAUGUGUAAAUAAUAGAGACUAAUCUAUAAUAAGUCCGAAAUCGAUAAGUGACAGAGUUAUAUAAUUUAUAUUGUUGCAUUGUUAAUUCACGUAAUGAUUUCGAAGAAUAUGAAUCAAUUUUCUUAACUUAUUUAGGAAAAAGAGAAGCAUGUUGGUAAUGUACAAUAAUUUAUUUUUGCAAAAACUGUUACAAUAUACCUCUGUGAUUUAAUUCUGGAACCAUGCGAGAUCGAUAACGGUGCAAGUCUCACUAACAGAACAUCAUUUGAUCAAAAAUCUUUACAAAAUAUAUUUGCUUUAUAUCGCAAUUAGUUGUACAUUUAAACGUAUGAGAGUUGACUUUGCAGUGUAAUUUGUUUUGAUGUAAAAAGGUUACCGUGCGUUUU